CCGGUUGGUGUUUUGCCUUCUCUCCGGAUUCCCUCCGCCGGUGCCGCGCUCCGAGAGGCCAUCCAAAAUCAGUAUGUCUGGGGCUGAAGAAGCUGUCAGCGGCGGGUGUGGCAGCCACCCUUUUGUUGGUGGCAGGUCUGUGCUGUGCUUCGGACAGAGUCACUAUACAGCAGAGGAGUACCAGGCCAUCCAGAAGGCUCUGAGGCAGAGGCUGGGUCCGGAGUACAUUAGCAGCCGCAUGGCCGGAGGAGGUCAGAAGGUGUGUUACAUUGAGGGUCACCGGGUAAUUAAUUUGGCUAAUGAGAUGUUUGGUUACAAUGGCUGGGCACAUUCCAUUACCCAGCAGAAUGUGGAUUUUGUUGACCUCAACAAUGGCAAGUUCUACGUUGGAGUCUGUGCCUUUGUGAGGGUGCAGUUGAAGGAUGGUUCUUAUCAUGAAGACGUUGGAUAUGGAGUUAGUGAGGGUCUUAAGUCAAAGGCUUUGUCUCUGGAGAAGGCAAGGAAGGAGGCAGUGACAGAUGGGCUGAAACGGGCGCUUAGGAGUUUUGGGAAUGCACUUGGAAACUGUAUUCUGGAUAAAGACUAUCUGAGGUCACUAAAUAAGCUUCCACGCCAGUUGCCUCUUGAAGUGGAUUUAACUAAAGCAAAGAGAGAAGAUUUUGAACCAUCUGUGGAACAGGCUAGAUACAACAGCUGCCAACUGAACGUGGCUCUGGGACCUCCAAAAGCACAAGAGGCAACCUCUCCUUGCAGACCAAACCAUUCAGAUGAUCAGGACAUUGGACAGCAGCAGGAUCCGGAGGGCAGCUCCCGCAACCUGGCCUCCUCCACUGUGGGAAGCAAUGCCACCUACCAACGGAAGCUCCGGCAAAAGCGGCUCCAGCAGCAGUUCCGGGAGCAGAUGGGGAAAGGGGUGCAAGUUCCUGCUGCGGCAGUUGAAAUCAAGAGUGAAGCAGUCCUUCUGGCCCCUCCUUUGACACACAGCUCCCCCAUCAAGGCUGUCUCAGAACCACUCGGGGAAAAAGCUGUCUGUACAGAGAACCUUGAAGACAACCUUGAAAUGUGGGAUCUGACUCCAGAUUUAGAGGACUUCAAACCCUCCUGUAGACCAGAAGCACUCCAGUCCUCUGCCACCCGGUCCCUAAAUAACCAGAUGGCCAAGCAAGAUGGGAUCCUACAUAGCUUUUGCUAUCAGGUGCAACAAGAAAAACCCGGAGCCAGGCAUACCCAGACCUACAACAGCAACCAGCAUGGAACAGGAAACUAUGAGUCUCAUAGGAAGAGCCAGGAUGUGAAGAAAAGGAAAUUGGAUCCAGCCUGAGGAUAUCACUGGACUUCAGAAAACUUGGUCAUGAAAUGUUUCAUCAUUCCUGAGGAAUGAACUUUAUUUCCAAGGCUUUAUCUUGUGAAUUCUGAACCUUAUCAAAGGACUUAAAACUUCCUGCAGAGGAAGGAAGCCAAGUACUUUUACAACAGAUGAAUGCCUUUCCUUUGAUUAUUAAGCAUUUUCACUAUUAACACCUAAGCUAUUAUAUUAAUAAAGAGACAUUUCACGAAUUGA